AUGGCGAGGAUACCACUGCUCAGCAGGCAACUCUUAGAUAAUACUCCGCUACUCCUAGAUAAUAAGCAGGACGAUGAUAAGCAGGAUGAAGAUAAGCAGGAACAAGAUGAGCAAGAUCAAGAUGUCCGAGAUCAAGAUGUCCAAGGUCGAGACUUUCAAGCUAGUUAUGAUCAAGAAGAGCUAGAUGAUGAUUCUAGCGAUGAUGAGCAAACUCUUAAGCAGAGGCUAGAAGCCUAUGCUAAUGAGCUGGUAGCGGCAGCUUACGCGCUUACUGUUGCGAAAGAGCGUUCAGAAGAUAGCUUACGCCUUGCUCAGGAAACUCUCGAGGGAGACGCAAAGAAAAUUGCGCGCUAUAACGCGACCGGCUAA